AUGUGUGUACGAAAGGAAAUGUUGGCGUUUAUAACACGGGUUGCUAGCUGGAAUUUAAAGACUAUCAGAUCGAAAAAUGACGCUUUGGAAGUGAUUUACUUUGAAGCCGGAAAACAAUCAAAGUUGAUAAUGCCUCUGGUAUGGCUUCGUGAUCACUGCUCCUCAACAAAGUACUAUCAUUUUCAAACAAAUCAACGGAAAUCGAAUUGCACUGAUCUAACAAGUCUCGCUAAAAUUAAAAAUGAGAAUGAUGUAAGAGUGAAUCGGGACGAUAGCUCGAUGGUUAUUGAUUGGAUUGAUGGACAUCGCUCGUUUUACGAAAUUGGAGAUAUUAUUGGAAAAGGGAAAAAGAAAAAGGAGGUGGCGAUUGAAAAGGUUAUAGAUCUAUGGGAUUCGAAAACGUUAAAGGAGGUUCCAAGGAUUUCGAAAUCCAAUCUAUCACUCCCAGAAUUCUCUGUAAAACUCUUCAAAUACGGCGUGGUGAUUAUUGAUGACGUGGAAGGUACCGCUGAAGCAACUGAACAAUUAUGCAAGAGUCUUGUUCCCGUCCAUGACACGUUUUUUGGACAAUUUUGGGUUUUUAGUAAUUCGGCGUCAGAGGACGAACCAGCCUACGAAGACACUGCCUAUGGAAAUGAAGAAAUCGGUCCACACACAGACGGAACAUAUUUCAAUCAGACACCCGGAAUUCAAGUUUUUCAUUGUUUGACUCCUGCGAAAACGGGUGGGGAUACUGUAGUCGUGGACUCAUUUCAUUGCGCGAAGUUGUUGAAAAACGAGUUUCCAGAGGAUUAUGAAACACUUUGUAAUACAAAGAUCCCUCAUCACUACCUUGAAGGGGAAGUUCCAGGUAGCUCCAUUCACAGUCUGAGUCUUGAGAAGCCGGUUAUUGAAACUGAUUCAUUUGGAAAUAUCACACAGAUACGAUUCAAUCCGUACGACCGUGCUCCAUUCGCCUGUCUCUCCUCAUCUGAAUCCUCCGCUUCUGACACCAUCAAAUUCUACGAAGCCUAUGAAAAAUUCGCCAAGAUUUGUCAUGAUCCGGAAAACGCUUUGACUAUUUCUCUGAAACCUGGAUCAGUGAUUUUCAUCGACAAUUUCAGAGUGUUACACUCCAGGACAGCAUUUCAAGGGUAUCGACAAAUGUGUGGAUGUUAUUUGUCAAGAGAUAAUUUUAUGGCAAAAGCAAGACCUUUUUUGAGACAAAUUACAUCGACUUUUUAUGAAUGGUAA